UUUUAUUGAAAAAAUAUUUUAUUAUUACAAGAACGGUAUUUACCAGUACAAAACGAUUGAACCACGGUUGUACCACAAAAUACCCUACCAGAAAGGAAUACGGUAUGAUGUCCAGUACGGUUUCGUGAACCAUGUUUUUUUCAGGACAUUUGGCCAAAUUGGUACUUGCAAAAUCCAAUAUUUGCGAAAAGGGCUGGUUUCUUCUAAGGAUCCUUUGAGUGGGGAUUUGGUUGGAAUUGUUCAUUCUACUCAAUCACACUAAGGAAGAGUUUCGAAAAUAAGGGCAUGUUUGGAGGAUGUGAUUCAUACAAUUGAUGUAUUCUAUCAAUUAGUGCAUUGUAAAUAUAUGCAUUCUAUCAAUUGUUGUAUUUGGUAAAUCCCUUGUUUGGUGUUGUACAUUGUACUUUUCACAUAACCUAAAAAUAGUACACUUUUCAGAUUGAUGAGCAUAAUUGCCCUUCACCAACUCCUCCUUCCUUUAUAUCCAUUCCACGUUGGCGGGGAAGGCUAUUAGGUCGGGUAAAGCAGCAGCGAGAGGAAAAUAGAAGUGGGUUCCAGCCAAAUGACGGAUACGCGACAAUUCCGGCGAAUCCCCGACAACAACCAAGAAGAAAUCUUUGUAAUUUGCAAGUGCGACUCUCCUGCAAUCGUUAGGACGUCGCAUACAACGGGUAAUCCAAAUAGAAGGUUCUUCGGCUGCUUUAAGUGGAGUCCAAAACAAGUGAUGUCCUUCAAUUCCACGCUAAAACACAAGGCCCUUCUUCUUUCGAUCUCGGACGAAUUCCAAUGGCAGGAUACAACUACAAAGUCGGCUCCGUCGUGAUGGUGAGGAGGCAGCGAUUCCUGUGGGAUGCAAGGAUUAAAGUGGAUGGCGAGGUAGAUGAGUUCAAGGAUUGAUCUUCUGGAAUUCCGACACAGGUCGUCGAGGGAGGAAUAAGACAGAUUUUCCCCUUUUUCUAGCUUCUAUGUGUCGAUGGAAGGAGAGAGGGUCAGUGGAGGAUGAGGUUAAUCUUGGUAUAAAGAAAAGAAAAUAGGGAUAGAAAUGGAAUAGAAAGUUAGGCCACAAUCAUUUGUUUACAAUCUCUCAUUAAAGGAGAGAUUAUAAAUCAUCCAUUAUGAAGGAUUGUGAGUGGGCCCCCAAAAAGGUCAUGCAUGUAUUUCGGCCCAAAUUAAACCAAAAAAACAACAUAAUCUCCUCAAUGCAUGUAUUGGCUCAAUCAUUCAUCUCAAAUCCUAACCUCCAAACAAGCCCUAAGUUAUUCUACUCGAUUGAUGGUACGAUCUACUCCACCUCGAUUGGUGGUGCAUUCUACUCCACCGUUGUCAUUCUGCUCCUCGACGGGUUGAUCAGACCUCCAACACCAGCUCAAGCUAGGGAUGCGACAGUUGUGAACAAAGAGGAGCUCGGAUUAGGGAUGUGGCAAAGAGGAGUUAUGAGUAGAAGCUCGGGUUAGAGAUCCAAUUAGUUAAUCUUUCAAGAUGACAAGCAUUUACCUUCCUCUAAAAUCAACACUAGAUUGUAGUCAACUCCGUUAAACUUAGAAACUUGGCAAAUAUAAAAGUUCUCAUUUUCUAGAAUUAGUAUUAGCACCAUGACAACAAGUUAGGUGUUAAUACCCUAACCCCAGCUCCAUUAUAUGUACAACUCAUAAAAAGGACUUUACUAUAACUAUUAAACGGUUGUCGAUUAGUUGGAUAACCGUGAAACCAAAUUGGGGUUCGCAGUUAUUGGCUAACCAUUAAUCUUUUAAUAGUCGCGGUUAGUAUUAGCCAUGAGGUUAGCGAUAAAUAAUCGAUCCUCAAUAGGUUGCCUGCUCUAACUAUGGGACACGACUUCGUCUGCCCUACACCCUCCCACAUUGCGAUCAAUUCAGCAUCACAUUUUGCCCCCCUCAAUCCUCAUGGCCUCCUCCCAAGUUUACCAUAAAUCCCCAAAUCAUAAAAUUGAAGAAAGAACGAGGAACCCCUCGUCUUAUUGACCUCAUAAUUGGCCAACCGUCUUGGCCUCGUAUUCUCGACCUCGUUAUCGGCUAGUCGUCAUCGUCUCAUCAUCCCUCCUUCGCGUCGCAACUUGUUCGUCUCUAGAGGUUGUGGUAUCCCUUGCGGCUGAGAAUCAUUCUCAUCUUCUCAAAUCUCGACCUUGCCCAAACAUCAAAUUCUUCUUCGCUUUUCGCCAUCGCCCAACCGUCAUCAACUUCUCAUCUCAUUGUCGUCGGCUCAUCGUCCUCAUCAUAAACAGGGUACUCCUCAAUCCCUCGUCACCCCGCCAAAAUAUGUUGCUCUUGAUCCUCCCUUAAGUUGUUGUGGUUGCCGCCUGUCGGGCUUAUGCCUGAAGCUACUACUGUAGUUGUCGCCUGUAGAGCCUCUCUUUAGAGGUGUUGUUGAUGAUGUUGCCUGUCGGGACUCACUUUGAAACUAUUGUUGUCGGUUAUCGCCUAACCGCCUCUGAACCGAUGAGGGGAGGAUACGACAAUCAUACCACCACGGUCGAAAAAGCGCGUUCCCUCUGAGAAAAACAGCGAAUUGUAGAAGCUAAAGCCUUGUUCACUUUUGGACACGAGGGAACAGAAGCUCAUAUCGAAAUCAAUUUCCUUUGGCAAUUGCCUUUCUUUUAAGAUUCAUGCUAUGGUAACGGAAUGCCUCCCAUUAGGAGAAGUUGGAUCAUAAACUUAUUACACGUCAACGCUACUGUUGUAGUGGGAGGCGAGGUCAGCGAUAAGUGGACGAGAACCAGUAGAUAAUUCCACAACAUCCCCAUUUAUGAUAAACCUUCGACUCACAUAUUCUCCUCCUCUCCUUUCAGUCGAGCAACUUCGUUCCUUCGGUCGAGUGACUUCGAUCCUUCGGUCGAGUGACUUAUAAGGGUGAGCAGAUCGUAUAGCGAGUAAAGGUAUAGCAAGCGGCCUACUUAUAGCUCUCUUUUUCUCAGGGGACUAUCAGAUCUUUUCUUUGAACAUGACUUACGCAAAGUUAGUGAGCCAUGUAAUAGGCGACCAUUUUGCACAAUGAAAAAGAAGGGGGACUCCACAGAGAAUGCAUGAGUCAGAGACAAUAGUAAAGAUGACAAUUUUUCGGCAACGGUUUUUUCCAAGUAAGAUGCAAGAGGGGACGAGUGUGUUUCCCUCCCUCACUAAGGGAAGAAGGUCUCAGAUCACUGUAGUUUGAGCCCUUUUUGUUAAAGCAGUUCCUAUACUUUGAAUGAAUUCAAUCUAGUUGUUGAUGCCAAGCUUAGAGCAGCCUGCUUCAAUAUGUUUAAGGUCCAGAGAGCGCUGAUUUCCCAAAGCCUUUAACCACCUCCAGCUCCGUGCGAAUACCUGAAAAAAAGGUCCCACCGGGGGGGUCCUGGUUGGAACCUCCUCCGACACUCAAAUUAGUAACCUGAAUGGAAUAAAAUAAAUACGGUGAC